UUCAUUGUAAACAAUCAAUAAGCAGAUGAAUUUGUUUAGAUUUGACCGCAUGGCAGUUUGUUUAUGUAUGUAGCUCUCUUGACAAAAAGCAUUUAAAAAAAUGGAAAUCCUUUAAUUAUGUUUUAUUUAUGAUACUGAGUAAAUAAAUUAUGGAAAAACUUCAUUCAAAUAUUACUCAGUGCUUAAAAUUUAUAACAGAAGACUGUAAAAGUUAUUCUACAGCUGUUGAUGAAGGCUUAAGUCAUGUUAAAUUAUUGGUUGCUCAUUUGACGACUCUUAAGAAAAUUAAAGAUUCAUAUAUUGAAGAUACAUGCUUUUAUGAAAUAGAUCCAGAUGCCAAAAGAAAACUUCAGAAUUGUAUCAGGAAAGAAAUUUUGAUAGAAAAAUCUGCUAUUCAAAAAAUUUUGACUGAUGUAGAAAUAAUUCAUAACAAUAUCAUCAAACAAUGUGAUAGAAUCUUUAAUAUGUACAGAAGUGGAGUACAGUAUAACGUCACCUUGACAGACAUAAGUGAAACUGAUGAACUCUCUUGCAGUAUUGCUGAAAAAAUAGAGGCAUUAGAUACCUUCAAAAGGACGUUUAUUAAUAAUCAUAAUGGUAGAAAGUUCACCAUCGAUUAUUGUACAUUUGAUGGAAAUCUCGAGAAUAUAACAGGAUGCUGGAAGACUUCUGAUAUUUCUUUAGCUUUGAAAGAAUUGGCAUUGAUUUUAAGUUGAUGGCUACAUGUCAUAAUGGAUCGAAAGAUUUUUAUUCGUUUUGUUAUUACGGAAAAUUUUUUCUUGUAAAUAAAAACAUUUAUACUUUA